AGGGAACUCCUGAAGUGGGAGGGGAAAGAAAAAACUCUUCGGAAAAGCCCACAGCUGAUUCCCAAAGAGAGAAGACUUCUCGACCGCCGCAGCCAUGCCCUCCAAUAAGGACGUCUCUGGCUGCCUUGGCUCACCGCCAGGUUUGAUCUGCCUGCCACCCAUUUCCGAGCACCUCCAGCUGGUGUGGACCCAGGCGGCCCAGACAAGUGACCUGGACAGUAACCAGCACUUGCUGCAGACUUUCAGCUAUUUCCCGUAUCCCAGCCUUUCCGACCUGGCUUUGCUCUGCCUGCGUCAUGGCCUGCACAUGGAGAAGGUGAAGGCUUGGUUCAUGGCGCAGCGGCUGCGCUGCGGCAUCAGCUGGAGUGCCGAGGAAAUCGAAGAGACUCGGGCUCGCCUCAUCUAUCACCAGGACCAACUCCACUUUAGUUGCCUGCUUGCUGGCAACCAGGGCGACUCCUGGCACCAGACUUGUAAAAGCCCUUCUUCGUACCACCAUCACCAGCUGGCUCCCCACGCCCUGCACUAUUCCGGUAAAUAUCCAGAGAACCAGCAACCUCUUGUAACCUCCUUAAAUCAUUGUAGUAUGGCUCCAGGGACAAAAGAAAUGGGGACGAUCGCUCAGGACAUUUGGAAAUUGCAGGAAAACACCCCGCCGUCCCACUAUAAGAAACCUCAGGAACAUUUUGAACCUUCAGGGAUCAUGGUGAAUUUUCAAAAUACCAAAGAGACCAUUUCCGGUGCUUAUCCCCCCAUCACAACCCUCGGCCUGGAUUAUAACCUCCCGGAUUCUCAUACGAUGGCCUGGAGCUUCCCCACGGUGUCCCAACCGCCCCCCGAGUCCAUCACGCCUGCUGUCAACGGCGGGAGCCACCCCACGAUUCUUCCAUUGGGUUCUUCGGUGAAAGCCGCCCAGCCGUCCUCGAAAAUUACAACCAGUGUCACGGACCGUCAAAACCAUCAGCAUUCAGUCAGCGACCAGCAGACUUCUUUGCCAGAGGUUUUACGGAAGCCUAAGCGGAAGACGAAGGAGCAACUGGAUUUGUUAAAGGCCUUCUUCCUUCACCGGCAGUGGGCCAGGAGAGAGGAUUAUCACCAGCUGGAGCAGGUAACCGGGUUACCCCGGGCAGAGAUCAUCCAGUGGUUUGGAGACACGCGUUACGCCCUGAAGCACGGUCAGCUGAGAUGGUUCCGGGACAAUGCAGGGCAGAGUCCAGAGCCUGCUUCCUCAGGUGGACCUCCUCCUCUUCCUCCUCCUCCUCCUCCUCCUCCCCAGCCAUGCACAAAUCCUCCAGACACGGGCCCCCUGGAACAGUACUGGGACACAGCCUUCUUCCUUCACCGGCAGUGGGCCAGGAGAGAGGAUUAUCACCAGCUGGAGCAGGUAACCGGGUUACCCCGGGCAGAGAUCAUCCAGUGGUUUGGAGACACGCGUUACGCCCUGAAGCACGGUCAGCUGAGAUGGUUCCGGGACAAUGCAGGGCAGAGUCCAGAGCCUGCUUCCUCAGGUGGACCUCCUCCUCUUCCUCCUCCUCCUCCUCCUCCUCCCCAGCCAUGCACAAAUCCUCCAGACACGGGCCCCCUGGAACAGUACUGGGACACCCACACACAGCUGCAGGAGAAUGACUUGCCGAUGCUCUGCCGCAAAUCAGGAAUGAGCCCGGAGCAAGCGUUGGAGUGGUUUCGCUCGUACUUGCCCGCGCCGUGCGAGGUGGAGGUGUGUUUGGGGGACGACGAUGAGGAGGUAGACGAAGAGAUGGCGGCCGCGAUGCUAAAGGCGGAAGAUGAAGACUACGAAGAAGAGGAGGAUGUGGAAGAGGAGGAGGAUGAAGACUGAAGGACUUUUGUGUGGGUGCUGGAGGUUUUGGGACUUCUCUGAUGAGCAGGCGGAAGGAUCAGUGAGACAGAGUAGUAAAUCCUGGGAGCCAGGUUUCUGUCCUGACCGUUUCCUGCUGGUAGCGAUGACUACUGCUAGAAUGUUUUUUUUUUCCUUUGAGCCACUGAAUUUAAAAACAAAACUAUACAGUGUUUAUCAAGGGAGAAUCACAAUGGUAUAUAAAGAGGGGGUUUCCAACCCUUCAGAUGUGAGUGGCCAUGAUAUAUGAAUGCCUUCAGCAAUCUGCAGGGUCUCAAAUGAUUUUUCUGAAAAACUUCAGUCGGUUAAUUGCAUUGUUUUGGUUUCAUAUUGCUUCCUCUAGAUGUUUUCCUUAAUAAUUAUACAAAUAAUUGUUGUUUAGAUCCCUAACCCUGAAGCCCAACAAUUGCCUAAUUUUGUUAUCUUUUUUAAAGUAUACAGAUGUUUGGAAUACAGAUAUUUUUCAUUUA